GUUUAUAUUUGUUUUUCAAUUUAAUAGAAAUAAGAUAAAAUGCAAAUUUAACGUUUUAACGAAAGAAGCUAAAGCUAAACUAGACAAAGAGCGGUGCCAAAUAUUGAUUUUAGAUAAGUUCUUAAGGUAUCUUAAUAAUAAAAUAUAUUUGACCAUAAUUAGAGCUAAUAGGCAUCUUAAACGAUAAAUUUUUAAGAUAAAAAAAACAAAAUUACCCAUAAACCAAAAGUGGCUGUUGUUGAUUUGAGAAAUAAUAUUUGGCCAGCAAAAGAAAAAGAGAAUGUUGUAGUUACUGGAGCUUAAUACCCAUAGAGUAAAAUGCUGUCUACUAAGUAUUUAAAAACAGAAGGAUCAUAGCCAAGCGUAGAUUUUUAAGUCCUUCCUUUUUAACAAAGAAGCAAUAACUUCAAGGCAAAUUUAGUACAUGCAUAGAUUGAUUUGAAUGCAAAUAAUAAUAAAAGUUUCUCAAAAGAGAGCUAAAAAUGUAAUUAAGUGACAUCUAAUAACACGAACAACAAAUUUUAAGUAAGUCAACCUAAAUAUGUAUAAUUUAUAGCACCAAAGGCCAAGUUGAAUCUUAAUGUAGCACUAGCAAAUUAAAAAUAAAUUAAUAACUAAAAUUAAAUAAAUGCAAAUAAUUUUUCUAUCAAUUCAAGUUUAAACAAUUCUUUCAGCAUGAAUAAUUCUUUUAGCCUGAGUAAUAGUUUUCUUCCUUAAAAAUAAAUUUUGCUUGGCAUAUAUAGUGAAGUUAAUUCACCAAGUAACAAAGUUCUACAAAAUCCUUAACAGUAGCAACCAAAUAUAAAUUAGUUAACUAAUUUACAGCUAAAUUAUAAUUAUUAUCAUCAACCUAAAUAUUUUUAAAAACAAAGUUAAAAUAUACAAAAUACCCCUAAGUUAAAAGAAAUAAUUCCAAUAGCAAGAUAAAACAGUCAUGCUCGAGACAGUUCAUAUAGUUCAGCAAAUAUUACUAAUAGCCAAUAUUCCUGCAAAACUUUAACAACUUACCAAAAUGUGAUUGAAAAUACAUGUAAUUUAAAUAGAUAUUCUUAAAGCAUUAUUAAUAAAAGCACUGAAUUAGCAAGUAUUAACUCAAGCUUAUAUGAAUGUUAAGCUAGAAUGCAGAGAGAAAAAAGUUUAAAUACAAUAAGCCAUGUUUAAAAUAGAGAAUCUUUAUAUUAGGAAAUCUCUUAAGGAUAACCCAAUAUUUUAAUUGAUUCUGAUAAUCAAAGCAACUUUUAAUAUAAAGGUUUUUUUGUAAAUUAGCAGCAGUUGGUAAAUUCAACAGAAAUUAAAAUUAAUAAUAUUGAAAUAAAAGAACCUUAAGAAACACCAAACUCUGAACCAGGGAAUACUCAAAAAAGCUUUACUUAGCUUUGCAAUAGCUAUAAUGGAAAUGAAGUUUUGUUAAAUUAAUAAAACCAAAAUACUUUCAAUAAAAUUUAACUAUGUGAUAAUUUAUAAUUAAAAUAACAAAAAGAAUACUUUGUAGAAAAUGUUAAUUAAAAUUAAGAAUUUUCAUAAAAGAAUUAAGACAGUUAAUAACAUCAAAAUGAAUUCAAAAUAACUAAGAAACUAAUUACAAAUGCAGAUCCGAUUGAACUUAAUUUCAAAUCUAAUACUUUUUCUUUUGCUGGAGAUAGCUUUUCAAAUUAAAUACAAGAAGCAGAAAAAUCUUUACAUCAGAAAUUCGUCUUAUCUAUACAAAAUAUCUUCUUAACUAAAGAAGAUUUAACUAAAAUGAUUUCUGUAGAGCUAGGUUUUAAAUAAAUUAGCUUAUAACUAGUUUCUUAAGAUCCUUAAAAAUGGCUAAUAAAAUACUAAAAUUCAUGUACAUAUGAAGGAGAAAUAGAUGAAUAUACAUAAGAAAGAUAAGGUGUUGGCAAAUUCAUAUUUAGUAACGGGUACUAAUAUGACGGAGAAUGGUAAAGUAAUUUAUUAAAUGGAGUUGGAACAAUAACGUCAGCAUCAGGUAGAGUAAUUUAUGAGGGCUAAUUUCUUAAUAACUACAUCGAAGGAAAAGGUAUUUAUUACACACUAUUAUAUGAUGCUACUACCAAAGUAAACUAUAAAAAUUUAUGCAACCAAAGCAGAUAUGUCACUAGGUAUGAAGGCUAAUUCAAAAGUAAUCAAUAAGAAGGAUUUGGAAUGGUCUAUUUUUCAUCAGGAGAAAGGUUUGUAGGAUUAUUUGAAAAGGAUGCUGCAAAUGGACCUGGUAGUUUCUACACUGAAACAGAAAAAAUAGCUGGUGAGUGGAGAGAGGGAAUUUUUAUCCGUUACAAGCUAUGA